CGAUGAGGCCAUACGUUGUGUGAGGCGGCCUUAUCGACUCACUCUCCCCUUCCCUUCUUAUCUCCUCUCCCUCCUCCUUGCGGAGCCGCGCUUCGCUUCUCACCCUAAGCGACUUCGAGGCGAACGAAGCCGUCGACCAUGGCCGCCGCCGCUACCACCACCAUCGGCGUGUCUUCUCUGGUCCGGACUCCCUCCUUGGAUAUCUCCACCAGGAGGGUCCUCCUCUACGGCUUCGACAAGCCCCGCUCCUCCAGCAGCCUGCUCAAGGUCUGCGGUGCCGCUCGCAGGCUGUUCGUCCCCUCCGCUGUCGCGUCCCCCAAUUCCGUCCUGAGUGAGGAGGCGUUCAAGGGGUUCCGUGGCCUCUCCAAGUCGCCUCUCGAGGAAGGCGAAGAAGAGGAGUACGGCUCGGAUGCGUAUAACUCCGAGGAGGAGGAAGAGGGGUCCUCCUCCGCCGCUGCCGGCCAGGACAAGGAUGAGCUCGCCAUCACCAACUUGGACUUGCCGCAGCAGCUCGUCAGUUCCCUCGAGAAGCGAGGGAUUACUCACCUUUUCCCGAUUCAGAGGGCCGUGUUACUUCCUGCUCUUGAAGGCCGAGACAUUAUUGCACGGGCUAAGACGGGUACUGGAAAGACAUUGGCAUUUGGAAUUCCCAUUAUCAAACGGCUUAGCGAGGGUGAUGAGGGGCGGAGGAAGUCAAGGCAGUUAGGCCGUCUUCCUCGGGCCCUGGUUCUUGCACCUACCAGGGAGUUGGCAAGGCAAGUGGAGAAGGAAAUUAAAGAGUCUGCACCUUAUCUUAGCACGGUCUGUGUCUACGGAGGAGUUUCUUAUAACAUUCAAAAAAAUGCACUUUCUCGUGGUGUUGAUGUGGUUGUGGGAACUCCUGGUCGAAUAAUUGACCUCGUUAAUGAUAAUAGCCUUCGGCUUGGAGAGGUUCAGUUUUUGAUUCUUGACGAAGCUGAUCAGAUGCUUGCUGUUGGAUUUGAAGAAGAUGUGGAAGUAAUACUGGAAAAGCUACCGUCAGAACGCCAAAAUAUGUUGUUUUCUGCAACAAUGCCUGGUUGGGUUAAGAAAUUGGCCAGGAGAAACUUAAAUGACCCUCUGACAAUUGACUUGGUUGGUGACCAAGAUGAGAAGCUAGCCGAAGGAAUUAAACUAUAUGCAAUACCAACUACUGCAACUUCAAAGCGAACAAUCCUUAGUGACCUAGUUACGGUAUAUGCAAAGGGUGGGAAGGCCAUUGUUUUCACUCAGACAAAGCGGGAUGCUGAUGAAGUAUCAAUGGCCUUAACUAACAGUAUAGCAUCUGAGGCACUACAUGGGGAUAUAUCUCAACAUCAGCGAGAAAGAACUUUAAAUGGCUUUCGUCAAGGGAAAUUCACUGUGCUUGUUGCAACUGACGUUGCUGCUCGUGGACUUGACAUACCAAAUGUUGAUCUGAUUAUCCAUUAUGAACUGCCAAAUGAUCCAGAGACAUUUGUUCAUCGUUCUGGUCGUACUGGGCGUGCUGGAAAAGAAGGCACUGCUAUCUUGAUGUUUACUAGCAGCCAGAGGAGAACAGUUAAAUCCCUUGAACGGGACGUAGGAUGCAGGUUUGAGUUUAUAAGCCCGCCGCAGAUGCAAGAGAUACUGGAAUCAUCAGCGGAGCAAGUUGUUGCGACUCUGCAGGGUGUUCAUCCAGAGUCCAUAGAGUACUUCCUUCCAACUGCUCAAAGAUUGACUGAUGAACAAGGAACACAAGCUCUUGCUGCUGCUUUGGCACAUUUAAGUGGAUUUUCUCGACCGCCUUCAUCUCGUUCUCUCAUCAAUCAUGAACAGGGAUGGGUGACAUUGCAAUUGACACGUGAACCAGGAUACUCAAGAGGGUUCUUUUCUGCUAGAUCUGUUACUGGGUUUCUUUCCGAUGUUGUUCCUGCUGCUGCUGAUGAAGUGGGCAAAAUAUAUUUGAUCGCAGAUGAAAGGAUUCAAGGUGCUGUCUUUGAUUUGCCUGAAGACAUUGCAAAAGAAUUACUAAAUAAGCAAUUACCACCAGGAAAUUCUAUAUCCAAGAUCACCAAGCUUCCUACGCUACAAGAUGAUGGUCCUUCUACCGAUAAUUAUGGCCGGUUUUCAAACCGAGAGCGGGGAUACAGAGGUGGUUCUUCUCGGGAUCGAAAUCAGAGGGGUUUUAGAAGUUGGGGUGCACGGGACUCUAACAGUGAUGAUGGCUUCCGACGUGGAGGCCGGGUCUCUAGAACUGACAACAGCUGGUCUAGAUCACCAAGAGGGAGUGAGGAUGACUGGCUAAUCGGUGGUAGAAGAUCAAGUCGUUCAUCCUCGUAUGGCAAUCGGGACAGAGGCUUUGGAGGCAUGUGCUUUAAUUGUGGCAGGUCUGGCCAUCGUGCAUCAGAAUGCCCAAACAAAUAAUCACUUGGACGACAGACAUUCCUGCUUGGAUUCAUGGAUAUGCUCCAAUUCUGAUGUGAUAAAGAGUGAAUGAUGACAGCAUGGAAGUGAAUCAGCUUGCACCAUUGCUCCAUCACAUUUGCAGUCUGCACCAUGCAAAGAUGUGGGGAUGAUGGUGAACCAGUGAUUUAUAGGAGGUUUCACUGGGUUACUACUAAUGUGAAGUUCCUGAAGAGGAUUUAUCCAGGGAGCUUUGCAAGCUUAGAUCAGUUUCAUAGUCUUUUUCCUCCCCAAAGCAUGAUUUGAGGAGCUUCAAGAUAUGAUUUCCUUGUGUUCUCAGCUGAAGGUAUUAAUCACUUGAAACAAUUGUGUUAGCGCCAAGGAGUGUGCGCACCGUGAUACAUGCUCUGGUUAAUGAAUCUAUAUAUUUCGUAACUACAUUAUUGUAAGAGAUGAAUAGGUCUUCCUAGCUUUGUUUGCACUCAUAGCUUAAUCACUUGUUGAGAUGCACUUGGAUUGAAACAAGUUUUCACAGGUUUGUUCCCAAAUCUGAGUGUUUAUUAUUGCUGAUUCAUAUUGGAUUAUAGCUGAUUUUAACGA